AUGUGCAUAGACGAUGCCUACCGAAAUAACUUUUUAAAGGUAAAUGGCACAUAUUUAGGUAUUACGACGUGGAAAAACCCAGAAAAAUUCACGUAUUCAGCCCAUCCUGCAAAGCGUGAACCCAUGACUGAACUCCCAGUUUUCUGGGAACAAAACCGCUUGGCCACUGGGGCAAAGAAUAUUUCGAAUGAAUGGAAAAUUGUUGGUGUUCAGAAACGGCUUUUUAUGACAUUGGACGAAACAGAAGAAAAAAUCACAGAUGGAAUGCACUUUCACGUCUUUAAAGCUAUUCAACAGAAAUUAAAAUUUAGUUAUUUUCUUGUAAAACCAAUACCUAAAGCAUUUGGAUAUCUGACUGAAAACGGCUCGUGGACUGGAUUAAUUGGAAAAAUGGACGCCGAUAUGGCCUUCAUUGGUGUAUUCCUCAACCCUACCCGUUUUGCAGCAGUAGAAUUUACUUCUCCGUUAGCGUUUCAGACGGUUCUAUUUGUCAUCAAAGCUCCGAAAAAAAUUCCAAAUUGGAUUUCAAUAAUAAAACCUUUUGGUUUAGAUAUGUGGAUUGCGAUUCUCUCAACAUUAUUCAUAUUUGGAUUAGUAUUACAUAAAGUGGUACAACGGGAUUUCCUGACUGACGAAGUGGGAAUAUUCUGGCCACGUAGCCGUGUGUUCUGGAAUUUAUUUUGCACAUUUGUUUACCAAGGAAUUAACCUGGAUAACGUAAAAAGAUUCAAAUCCAGAUUGCUCGUGUUAAUAUGGUGGCUAUCAGUUGUAGUGUUGAUAAGUAGUUACAGUGGUACUUUAAUGUCUUUCAUGUCGUAUCCUUUAACCGAAUCUGUUCCAAAAACUUUCGACGAACUAGGCAAUGCUGUCAAAAAUGGUGAAUACUCUUGUGGUACUAUAGAAAAAGGAGCUGUAUGGAAUUAUUUUAUGAAUUCCAACAAGAAAAGAGAUAAAAUUUUGAAACAUCACAUACUACAUCACAAUCAUUUUUUGUCUUUGUCGAUUGCAAGCGAAAAAGUUAAGGAAGAACGUUUUGCUCUGUUAGCGAGUGAAUCUUACACAAGUAAACUGAUACAAAAAGAACCAAACGCAUAUAUAAUUUCCGAAGAUGUUCUUAUUACAUUUGUUCAGUCUUAUGCUGUAAGAAAGGGAUUUCCCUUAAAAAAAAAAUUAACUAAAACUGUAAUACGUAUGUUUGAAGCUGGAAUCAUCGAGAAAAAAGAUCAUUCGGAAACAUCAAAGUUACUGAAGUAUUCAGAAUUCCAUGUAUUACAAUUGGCCGACAUUAUUAGUCCAAUUAUAUUGCUUUUGAUUGGAUUUGUUCUAGCAAUAAUUUGCUUACCUUUAGAAUUGUUCUGUAUAAGAAUAAUUAAAAAUUAA